AUGCGCUUCAUCACUGCUCCCCUCCUUCUCUCUGUCGCCGCCAGCGCCGCUGUCAUUCAGGGCCGUAACCGCGAGUUCGGACCCUGCGCCCCUGGCGACAACAACCUCGAAGCCCGUAACCGUGAAUUCGGCCCCGGGGCCCCCGGCCACGGCUGCCCCGACAUCGAAGCCCGCAACCGCGAGUUUGGUCCGGGUGCUCCCAGCCACAAGUGCAACGACGUCGAGAAGCGCAACCGCGAGUUUGGUCCUGGCGCCCCUGGUCACAAAGACUGCACCGAGCUCGAGGCCCGUAACCGCGAGUUUGGUCCUGGCGCCCCCGGACACAAGUGCAACGAUCUCGAGGAGCGCAACCGUGAAUUCGGCCCCGGUGCGCCUGGCCACAAGGACUGCGGCGAUCUCGAGGCGCGCAACCGUGAAUUUGGUCCUGGCGCUCCCGGUCGCCACUGCCAGGAGGCUCGCAACCGCGAGUUCGGCCCUGGAGCUCCGGGACAUGGCUGCGGUGACCUCGAGAAGCGCAACCGUGAGUUCGGUCCCGGUGCCCCUAGUCGUCACUGUCAGGAGGCCCGCAACCGUGAGUUCGGCCCCGGCGCUCCCGGCCACGGCUGUGGUGAUCUCGAGGAGCGCAACCGCGAGUUUGGGCCCGGUGCUCCCGGCCACUCCGACUGUCCCCCGAUCGAGGCUCGUAACCGCGAGUUCGGCCCUUGCGCGCCAGGCCACGGCGACAAGGAGAAGCGCAACCGCGAGUUCGGCCCUGGCGCUCCUUCUCACUCCGGCACGCCCAACCUCGCCGAGCGCAACCGCGGCGUCGGCCCCGGUGCCCCUGUCCCUGAGGGCCAGCAGUACUGCAACAUCACGAACACGCCCGACGCCCGCAGCUACCGCUGCAACUACGACCAGCCGCACCCGCGCCCGGGCUGCGAGAAGUCGAACGACGGCCCCGUCCGCGUCUACACCUGCCCGCCGGUCCCCGAGGACCUGUCGUGGUGUGACGAGGAGUACCGCAUCGACGUGAACGAGUACGUCGCUAGCUGCACCAAGGACUACCGCUUCAAUGACGGCUGCAAGCAGUCGCGCGAUGGCGACCGCUACGUCGUCACGUGCCCCCUCGACACCAUUCUCACCUCCGAGUGA